AAGAAACGAUACAGAUAAAAAAAAUUCUCUUCCUGAUAUUUAUGUGACGUGAAACAGCGAUGGAUGGCGACAGCCGCCAGCGGGGACGAGCGACGCAGGCGCGGGCGCGGCGGGGCCGGGGGGGGAGGGCGUGCUCGAGUUCAAGCUCAACGUCACCGACUCGCAACUGGUACUCGUCGAGGACGCCUCCGUCUGGGACACCAACGCGGUCAUAUUGAGGAGCACGACUGUAAUAACGUACCGGUUGGCGGAUCCUCUGAAGCCGGUGUCGUGCGAGCUGAACGAGCUGGAGGUGUUCUCGUGCGUGCUGGGGAUGGAGGAGGAGACCGCGCUGUCGAUAGUGGAGCCCGCCGCGCUGCACGUGCAUCUGCGCGCCGACGCCGUGCUGCACGUGGCGAUGGGUACACUGAACCUGCGGCUGUCGUAUCACGACAUGCGCAUGUUCGCGUCCAUGCUGCGCUCGUUGCCCGCGCAGGUGCGCGUCGCGCUCUCACGUGAGUAUACUCGAGCCACGGAGGAGGAUGCGCCGGCCAACAGCGUGCACAUGCACAGGGGCGGCGCCGCGGGCCCGCCCGAGCCCGACGCGCGCAACCAGGGGGGCGGCGCGGGGGGGCCGGGGGGCGGCUGGGGCGGCUACUGGCUGCGGGGACACCAUGCCCCCGCGCCCCCUCCGCUGCCAUCCACACCACCUUCUACACACAAGUCUUCCAUAUGGCCCCUGAAAGCUGUUCAGGUAUAUAGAGUCGCAUUUCGUGCUAUUUUACGAAUUUCUUGUGUCUUAAAACAGAGAGUAAGUAAAUGUCGAACGUCGUUCGUGACAGGUAAGCGCAGACUGCAUAACGUUGUGCGUCAUCGACGACUGUCUCGAUUCCGAUGUACCACUCCUCGAAGUCUCGUUCGGGGAUCUGCGCGUGGAACAGGAUCUCCGGAAAGAGGAGGAAGGUUUAGAUGAUCCGUUGCUGGUGUGCACACCGGCGGGCCCGGCGCCCGCCAUCACCAGCGGAGGGGGCGCGGGGGCGGGGGCGGCAGCGGGGGGCGGCCGCUUGAGCGCGCUGCUGUCGGCCGACUACUACAAUCGUACACUCUCCGGCUGGGAGCCCGUCGUUGAACCUUGGAGGUCUGUAUCUGGAACGAACUAUAGAUCUUUUA